AUGCAUGUCCCUGCAGCCGAAGAGGAGGACGAAAGUUAUCGCACGGAGCCGGGCUCGACUACACACCAUGUCGACAGCAAUGAGAUCGGCCUGCCACAUGAAGAUCGUAGGACAGCCCAAGAGAUCUUCACAGAGCCAGCGACUGCAUCUCCGAACUACGACGUACACGCUGAUAUUGAGUGCCAAUCACUCUCACUGCCGGAGGCUUUCAGCCCUGAGGAACCAGAGAAGACGGCCGCAGGAGAAGCGGCAAACGAGACUCACGAUCUUGUUCCAAUCUGCCGGACUGCCUCAUUUUGUAAACCACCGGGGCCAUGUACGACUCUAGGCGCCGAGUCAGAAGACUCAAGUUUGGAGGAUACGGCUACUGCGACACAGUCGCAGCUGACAUCUGGCGAAUCAGGCACCCCGAGUGCAACGAUUGAGGGCUUUGACUUUGGCCAUUUCGAGACGACACCACAGAUUCAGGCUGAUGACUCCUGCAUUCUUGACUCCGCAAACGAAGUGAAAUGCCUGCAAGGCUCUGGUGCGGUGUCCGAUUGUGACGAGCCAAUUUUAGAGGAAACGACAACCACAACACAGUCAACUGGCGAAUCGGACGCCUCGACUGCAGCGAUUGAGGACUUCAGCCAUGUCGGGACGACGCCAGACAGUCAGGCUGAUGACUCCUUCAUUGACUCCGCAGACGACGUGACGGGCUUGCAAGGCUCGACAGAGGCGCCUCCAUCUCAUCGGGUGGACGACGAGAUGACGGCAGCAACUCCGCGACUCGCGGCCGCAGUACCCACAAGAUCUCCAGCAGAUCCCGUCGGUUCAGGCUUUCUACGAGCU